CACCCUCCCUCCCUCCCUCCCCAUCCUUCCCAAGCCGAAAUGACAUGGCCUUCCUUUCGCUCUGCAUGUGAUCAAGUUACUGGCUAAUUCUACCAAUAUUUUUAUUACUACUACUACUGUUGCUCUUUUUUAAAAACACAGAGUUUCCUUCCAAAGCAGUGCCUAAACUUUAACCAAAAAGACUACACUAAUAUAUUAAUAUAUAUGAUGGUUCUGACAAUAUUUGUAUAUUGAGAGAGACAGAGAUAGAGAAUGCGGGUGCAUCAGUGCUCCCCACGCCGCUUCAUGCCCCCUGAAGCCUGCUCCUUUCCUUCCCAACCAGCCCUCGCCCAUGCCAGGCCACUGCCACUGUUUGGCGCACCAUUCUUUCAGCCACCCUCCUCCUCUUCACUUGUCCUUUCUGCGGUGCCUCCAGAUCACCUGCCUAUGCAAAGAAUGUCUGUGCCUCUACAAGGACUGGCCGAUGGGAGCAUCUCCUGCCCAUCUGCCCUCCCGGCUCCCUCCACCGUGGCCUGGGCUGCUCUCUUCUCUGGCCUUCCGUCAUGGGCACAGGACUCUCCUGGGUGCUGCUCCACCAACUUCCUUGCUGGCCGACCUCCACAGCCAGGCGACUCUGCGCUUAGACCACAGUUUCUUCUAGGCCCACCAAAGAAGAUCCCUUGUCCCUGCGGGAACGUCCCGGUUGGUUCUCCGGAGCUAGCAAGUCUAACGUCGGCUCCCUGGAAGACCCGCAUCGGUCUGCUCCUCAAGAGUGUUGCUGGAUGUCCUCCCAACUCCUUCCUGGCUACUGUGGAACUCGUGCCCCAGGUUGAGCCUCCCACCACUUCCCUUUGCAGCCCACCAGCGCGGACUAGUUAGCAGUGGCCAGGAGAGGGCAGCUCCCUAAGGCUGACCCCUCCGCCCAACACCAGCGAGCCACUCCUCUGCUCCUUGGUUGGGCCGGUUCUCUGCCCUGGAGUCCCAGGACUGUCCUGGCAAGGUCUGCCUGCCUGCUGGGCCCGGCUAGCAACCAUCCUUGUGCUGUCGGCAGGAGGCUGGCCUGGAAAUGCCGCAGCAGCCAUGCUGAGAGCAGCCCCUGCCUGUCUCUGCCCCCUAUCUUAGGGAGCCUCCGUUGCCCGGUCUCUGCAGCCAGCGGUCCCUCUCGAGGCGGAGCUGUUGCCAACCGAGAGGGGCCUUUUCACCAAGCGCCAGGGCCUUCCAUGCACAGACAUCUCCCCACCCCAGUUCCCCCUUCAGGUGGAAGAGGCAAUCCUGCAGCAGCCCCUCCCCCCCAGCCCCAUCAGCCCCCUCCCCAACAGCUUCUUAUUUGCGUCUGGAUCCAGCCAUCCCAUCCCUGGCAUUUGUCUCUCGUCCUCAUUGCCAGCUGCCAUUUUGUUUUUGCAUGCUGUGUUUACUUGGGGAAGCUCCUGUCCAUUUCUCCUCCUCUCCCCCUCACCCCCCCCCCGCCCUGUGGCCUGCCGGGCAGCCUGUGCCCAGGGCUCACGUUGCUCCAGAUUAGACUUUCCAGAUUCCUCUCUAUUGGGUGGGGGCAGGAAAACACUACACCCGACUUGUAAAUAGCUUAAAGUGUUUGUAAAAACCUGCAGUACGGCCCCCUCGGCUGGGAGAGCAGUAAAGGUGAUUUAAUGAA